AUGACCAUCGUUAUCGGGGUAUUGGCAUUGCAAGGUGCGUUCAUUGAGCACGUACGACACGUGGAAAGAUGCAUCGUUGAAAACAAAGAUCAAUAUAACGAGAAACUAUCUGUGAUUACCGUGAGGGAUAAAGAUCAACUAGCAGGAUGCAAUGCACUUGUCAUACCUGGUGGAGAAUCUACUACGAUGUCUCUUAUUGCUCAGAGAACGGGGUUUUACAAUGAUCUCUACAACUUCGUACAUGAUCCAAAGAAAACCAUCUGGGGUACGUGCGCGGGUUUGAUUUUUCUUUCACAACAAUUAUCCAACGAAGCAAAGUUGGUCAAGACGUUAGAUUUGCUAAAAGUCAAAGUAAAGAGAAAUGCGUUUGGAAGRCAAGCUCAAUCGUUUACUCAAACGUAYGACUUCUCGAGCUUUAUCCCAAACUGUACUGAUUUUCCUGCGACAUUUAUAAGGGCUCCGGUGAUAGAAAAGAUAUUGGAUCCUAAGGAGGUCCAAGUCCUCUGUAAGCUAGAAGAAAAAGACAACAGCGGUCAAGAAUUAAUAGUCGCUGCRAAGCAAAAUGACAACAUCCUUGUCACAUCAUUUCACCCAGAAUUAGCAGAAACCGAUAUACGUUUUCACGAUUGGUUUAUAAAGGAGUUUGUUCUAAAGAAUUUCAACAGAUACAAGUGA